GUCAUCACAGCACGGUCGGUGAAACAGCUUUGUAAUUUCGUCUGUUAAUUCCAAAUAAGUGUUUCAUACAGAGCAGUACUUAUUUCGUGCAAGUGCUCCAGCAAAGUAGAGUAAAAUCAUGGUGAACAUCACCUCAGCCGCCGGCAUCAUCUGCCUGCUGGAUGAACCGGUCGCGGAGCUAAAGGUAUUUGCGCUGAAGAAGCUCAACAUGAUUGUUGGCGAGUUCUGGCCGGAAAUCUCCGAGGCGGCCGAAAAGAUUGAAAUGCUGCACGAAGACAAAAGCUUCCCGGACCACGAACUGGCCGCCCUGGUCGCCUCGAAGGUUUACUACCAUCUCGGGUCGUUCGAGGACUCGCUCACGUACGCCCUCGGCGCAGGGGACCUUUUUGACGUGAAUGCACGCAACGAGUACGUGGAUACUAUCAUCGCCAAAUGCAUCGAUCACUACACGCAGCUGCGGGUGGCCCUGGUUGAGGCGGAAGAGACAAACCAGGAGGCAAAACCGAUCGACUCGCGCCUGGAGGCGAUUGUGAACCGCAUGAUUCAGCGCUGCUUGGAGGAUGGUCAGUACAAGCAGGCCCUCGGUAUCGCACUCGAAACCCGCCGAAUGGACAUCGUUGAGGCGGCGAUCAUGAAGGCGGACGAUGUGCCGGGAAUGCUGGCCUACGCGUUCCAGGUGACGAUGGGAUUCAUCCAGAAUCGUGCGUUCCGCAAUAAGGUGUUGCGUUGCCUGGUCGAGCUGUACAGGAACGCGGGAGUUCCGGACUACGUCAACAUGUGCCAGUGUUUGAUCUUCCUCGAGGAUCCGCUGGCCGUAGCGGAGGUGCUCGAUGGGCUGACGAAGGAGACCGAAUCGUCGGUACUGAUGGCGUACCAGAUUGCGUUCGAUCUGUACGAAUCGGCUACCCAGCAAUACCUCGGUCAGGUGCUGCAGGCCCUCAAAGCCACUGCUCCGAUUCCCUCGGCGCUCAUCUCCAACUUUAAACCGCAAGGCACCACCUCCACCGAAGAACCUGCAUCCGACGGUGCAGCACCCGUAGAACCGAAGGCUGAACGUACCCUCGAAAGUCUCAACGAGGCCGAGAAGGUGCACCAGAAAAAUAUCGAAAAGCUGGCCAGUAUCCUCUCGGGCGAGGUAACCAUCGAGCUGCAGCUUCAGUUCCUCAUCCGUAGCAAUCACGCCGACCUGCAGAUCCUGCGCGCCACCAAGGAGUCCGUUCGGCUUUCGAUUUGCCAUACGGCCACCGUCAUCGCGAACACCUUCAUGCACAGUGGAACGACGAGCGAUCAGUUUUUGCGCGAUAACCUCGAGUGGCUGGCGCGGGCCACGAACUGGGCCAAACUUACCGCAACCGCUUCGUUGGGUGUGAUCCAUCGUGGACACGAGACGGAUUCAUUGGCGCUGAUGCAGAGCUACCUGCCAAAGGAGAGCGGUCCCAGCUCGGGCUACUCCGAAGGUGGUGGCCUGUAUGCGCUUGGUUUAAUUCAUGCCAACCACGGCGCGAACAUCAUCGACUACCUGUUGCAGCAGCUGAAGGACGCGCAAAACGAAAACGUCCGACACGGAGGAUGCCUUGGGCUUGGUUUGGCCGCGAUGGGAACCCACCGGCAGGAUGUUUACGAGCAGCUCAAGUUUAACCUCUACCAGGAUGAUGCAGUCACGGGAGAAGCGGCCGGCAUUGCGAUGGGAAUGCUGAUGCUGGGCUCCAAGCACGCACAGGCAAUCGAGGAUAUGGUUUCGUACGCCCAGGAAACGCAGCACGAGAAAAUCCUGCGUGGUCUUGCCGUAGGAAUCUCGCUGACGAUGUACGCCCGGUUGGAGGAAGCGGACGCUCUGGUCGCUUCCCUUUCCAACGACAAGGAUCCGGUGCUGCGCCGUAGUGGAAUGUACACGAUCGCGAUGGCAUACUGUGGAACGGGCAACAACCAGGCCAUCCGUAAGCUACUGCACGUAGCCGUCAGCGAUGUGAACGAUGAUGUACGUCGUGCCGCUGUCACCGCGAUUGGAUUCAUUCUGUUCCGUUCGCCGGAACAAUGCCCAUCGGUUGUGUCGCUACUGGCGGAGUCAUACAACCCGCACGUACGAUACGGCGCUGCGAUGGCGCUGGGAAUUGCCUGUGCCGGCACGGGAUCGCGCGAAGCGAUCGCACUGCUCGAACCGAUGGCCAAGUUUGAUCCGGUGAACUUUGUGCGCCAGGGUGCACUGAUCGCGUCGGCCAUGAUACUGAUCCAGCACACCGACCAAACCUGCCCCAAGGUGACCUUCUUCCGGCAGCUGUACACGCAGGUGAUUACGAACAAGCACGAGGACGUGAUGGCCAAGUUUGGAGCCAUUUUGGCCCAGGGUAUCAUCGAUGCCGGUGGACGCAACGUAACCGUCAGCUUGCAGUCGCGUACGGGCCACACGAACCUGCAGGCCGUCGUGGGAAUGCUACUGUUCACGCAGUACUGGUACUGGUUCCCGCUGUCCCACUGCCUGUCGCUGGCCUUCACCCCGACCUGUAUCAUUGCACUAAACUCGGAUCUAAAAAUGCCGAAAAUUGACUUCAAAUCGGCUGCCCGCCCAUCGCUAUACGCCUACCCGGCCCCAUUGGAGGAGAAGAAACGUGAAGAACGCGAAAAGGUCACCACGGCCGUGCUUUCCAUUGCGGCCCGUGCUAAACGUCGUGAGGGAGACAAGAAGAAAGAUUCGAAAGACUCGACGGCGGCUGCUGCCGGCGAGACGAAGAUGGAAGUGGACGAAGAAACGACCGCGACUGGUAAAGAGGAUGCGGCGAAGGUGAAGGAAGAAGCGAAAACAUCCACUUCUACCACCACCACCACCACCACAACCCCGGUAAAGGAGGAAUCGAAAAAGAAGGACAAAAUAACCACGGGCUCUGGAUCACCGGCUCCGGCGACCGCAGCGGAUGAUGCGACGGCGGGAUCCAGUGGAACAGCCGACAAAGCGGACAAGGAUAAGGAUAAGGCCAGCAAAACGCCGAAGGAACCGGAACCGAGCUUCGAGAUCCUGUCCAACCCGGCCCGCGUCAUGCGCCAGCAGUUGAAGGUGAUAAGUAUCGCCGAAGGUACGCCCUACACACCGCUGAAGGAUGUUACGAUCGGAGGUAUUGUCAUGAUGAAUCAUACGGCGGGAGGUGACCAGGUGUUGGUGGAACCCGUCGCUGCCUGCGGUCCGAAGAAUGACGAUCUAAAGGAACCGGAAGCACCGGAACCGUUCGAGUACGUCGAUGAUGACGCUUAAACAUUAUGCCCCCUUAUUAAAUUUGUGUGCGAUUGAAUCAAUUCGUUUCGAAACUCUGAAGUAUCAAUAAAAUACA